AUGGCUAGUACCGACUCAAGCACUCGAUCUGGUAUCUACCCAUAUAAACCAAGCGAGAUCGCAACAAUCAUCAUGGCUAUACUUUUUGGUACAAGUGCCGUCUGGCAUUUGAUCACGAUGGUGAGAAAAAAGACAUUGUUUUACACUUCCUUAACUGCUGGAGCUUUUAUGAUGACCGCCGGUUAUAUUGCUCGAUAUCUGUCCGCAAAGUCACCCCUCGAGCUCGGUCCUUAUAUCAUCCAAUCCCUCUUCAUUAUCCUUCCACCUUCUCUCUACGCUGCCACUCUGUAUAUGAUAUACGGUCGUGUGGUUUUUUUCGUCAAUGCGCCAGAAGCUAGCGUAAUUCGUCCGAACCGAGUUACCAAAAUAUUCGUUUGCGGGGAUGUCAUCGCAUUCUUUCUCCAAGCAGGUGGAGGUGGUAUGAUGGCUCAGCCAACAAUGGCGAACGUGGGACAAAAGAUCAUGUUAAUUGGUUUGUUCGUUCAGCUUUUGUUCUUUGGAUUCUUUCUUGUGAUCUCAUUGAUCUUUUGGAAGCGGAUGCGGUCGUCUCCGAAGUCAUACAUGAUCCCGCAGCACGGCAAAUAUACCUGGAGCGCCUUGCUAAAGAUGUUACUGGUAGCUGCUGCCAUUGUCAUUCUUAGAUGCGUCUUCCGCGUCAUCGAGUUUGCGCAAGGAAAUGACGGCGCCAUCCCCACUCACGAGGUGUAUAUGUACAUUUUUGAUGCUGCCCCAAUGUUCCUUGUUCAGAUUUUGUUCCAUGUCAUUCAUGCUGGGGAUGUAUUUCCUCAUGAAUCCGUUCCUUCUGUGUCUGCAGAUAACGGAAGUUAUAUCAAUCUUUAUGAAAGGUAG